AUGGAUCCGGCGGAGAAACAGAUCGCUGAUGACGAAAUAAAAAGUCAGAUGAAAGAAUGGCGGAAAUCAACUCAUAAACCUGCGACUACAUUGCUUAUAUCAGGGGAUAGAGAUUUUCUGAACCAAGUUAACAAACUAAGGGCAGCUGGCCACAGAGUAAUUAUCGCCGCUCGGAGUCACAACUGUUCUAGGGAGCUUAGAGAAGCUUCCAAUUUGUUUUGGGAUUGGCGUAUGGAGCUUCUCGGUAUGACACAUGCUAGGCCACCCUUUUUUCAGAGAGUUCGUCAAGGUCGUCGAUACUAA